AUAAAUAUGUCUUAUGUCGUCGGUAAACGAAACAGUCAUUGCUUCUGUUAUUUGUAGAGUCUUUUGUAUAAUGGCAUCAGUUAUCCACACAGCAAGCUACAGUAAUUAGCCAGCUGCUCAGUAAAUAGACGGUUGAAGAACUUGUUUGGUGAGGCUCUGCUAGAAAACUCCAAUGACUGUUGUGAAAGAAUAAAAAGAAUGAAUGAAACCUGUGCAAAUAUUUCACACUGUAAUCCUGGGCUCCUUCAAGUUCAGGAGAACAGUACAAUCUUUUGUGUGUCCUGUGACUCAACAGAUCAGGGGAAUUCAACUUCAUUUAACAAUACAAGGACUAGUCCCUCUCCAGAAACAUUUUUCACGAUUGCUGGUCCAGGUGUAGCGGCUUCUGUCCUUCUAGGAACUCUACUGAUCAGCCUGGGGCUCAUCCUCUCGGUUGCAUCAUUCUUUUACCUUAAGCGGUCCAACCGCCUCCCUGGUGUCUUCUACGGGCGCAAUAAGGCUUUUAUAUUCCAACCAAGUGAGACGGCUGUCAUGAUUCCUGAAGCGACAUCUUCAGUUCGCAAGCCAAGGUAUGUCAGGAGGGAGAGGCCUUCAGCAACAUCAGCAUCAUCAGCAUCCAACAGUGCUACUAUGGCAACAGGGGCAGUAACCAAGGUAUACAAUGUGUGACCAGACUCCAAGGGCCAUCAGUGAACCCCCUUUCAAGACAUGAAUCUGUCCCAUAGCACUGUUUCCUUAGAGGAUUGUUAGCUUUUUUUUUUUUUUUGGUGAAACUUUCCUUAGUUAUGUAAGCUACAUGAGGAGGUGACAAAUCUUGAUGUAGGCUUUUAUCUUGGAAACUUUUUUUUUUUUUUUUUUUUUUGAUCUUCUUUUCAAUGAUGCCAGAUAUUUAUUUAUAUUUAUAUAUUUUUCACACAAUAUGUUUCUUUUUUUCUUUUUCUUCUUUUUUUAAGAGACCAGGUGUUGCACUACUAGAGUAUUUUUUAAUUGUUAAGCUAAAAUUCAGUCAAGUGAGUUGUUUUCUCAAUGAAUUUUGUACUGUUUAUAUUUAUUACUAGUAUUUUUGUGUGAUAUUGUACUUUUGAAUCUUGUGACAUUGUAACUAGGCUCCAAAACAAGACUUCCGCAGUUAGUCAUACUUGCACACAACUAACUCCUCAAACCUCAUUAAAUAAUAAUAAUAAUAAAAAAAAUAGACAUUAGCAUAUUUACCAUUUGGUUAAGUGUUUGGUUCCUGUAUACACAAAUAUCGUAUUUCCUAUUCUGUACAGUCGCAACAAAUUCCAUUAGUGCUUAUUGAUGCCAUAUACUGUACGUUUGCUGGAAAAUACCCUGUAUGAGCAUUGAAAAUACUUUUGGCUUGGGUUUCCAUGUUAACAGCGUUUUCAUGUUAUACUAACAAGUGUGCAUGAAAUGUCCAACUGUUUAACAAUAGCACAUUCCUCACUAUAUUCAACGUAAAGGGUUCUGGCUUGCACCAAAGAAGAUACAUUCAAAUUUGCUAGGCCUUAAGGUUGCAAACUUGCUGUUAAGACACAAUAUAUAAUCAAAACUGUUGUGAAAAACUAUUGCCAAACAUGAAGUUACCUAAAACAUUGAGUUCCCAUUUAUUCCUUCUUUCCACUGUAAAAGAUAAAGUGCCAUUAAGUGAAUGUGCUAAUGGAUGAAGUCACCAUUUUUGAUUUUGUACAUUUAAUACAAAAUUAGAAUGUAAAAGUAUGAAAGAACUUAUAUAUUAUCUAGUAAACUGAUCUUGUUUUUUGGUUGAAAAAAAGAGACUGACAAAGCGUGGCUGGAGAAGUGAGUUACUUUUUUUUUUUUUUUUUUUUUUUUUUUUUUUUCACUUUGUUUUGUAAACAUUUAUUGCAAACAGUGGCCUUCAAAAAGCCAUAUAAUCCCCUAUGCCUAUAUAUAUUUUAUUGUUUUUAGUUUUUUUUUCAUUUGUAAUAAUGGUUCUGUUUAUUUAAAAGAUUGUUUUUGAUUUUUCUACUUCAUUUUAGGAAGGGGUUUUUGAAUAUUGUUUUGUAAAAUUUAAAAUCUUAAGUAUGCUGGAUUAAGCAAAAGUAAGGAAUGUUUAUUUAAGGUGAUGGUAAAUGAUGUGCUUUCAUGGGGAUACAUCUGUCAUACUGAUUCUAGAAUAUAACCACUUAAAUUCAACUUAUUUCUCAUGUCAUUUUAUUGGCUGUUGUGCAGCAACUGGAAAGCAUGUCAGUAGAUUUUUGUAUAUGAAUUAUGUUUCGAUUGAUGCUGUUGAUGAACUUUUUUGUAUGUUGAUGUCCUAAUGGAGUAUAUUGAUCACAAAUUGAAUCAUGUUUGAUGAAGAUUUCAGUGUUUACAGAAAUAAAAGAUAUUUUGAUUUA